CGUUUAUUUUAAAUAAUUAAAACUUAAUUUUAUAUUCAUUUGAUAUUCAUUUGAUGUUACAUUCAAUUUUAUUAUUUUAUAUAGAGGUUAAGAUUGACUAGUUGCAUAAUUAUAUUUAUAUAUUCUGGAACUAACAUAGAUAAUGCGUGUAUAAAAUUGUAAUUAGUGAUAUUUCUGUAAUUAAUAAUGGGUCUGUUAACAGUACUUAAAAAAUUAAAACAAAAGGAAAAAGAAAUGCGCAUUUUAAUGUUAGGUUUGGAUAAUGCUGGUAAAACAACAGUUUUAAAAAGAAUUAAUGGAGAACCAAUUGACACAAUAUCACCAACACUUGGUUUCAAUAUUAAAACUUUAGAACAUCGUGGAUAUAAAUUAAAUAUAUGGGACGUAGGUGGUCAAAAAUCAUUGCGUUCUUAUUGGAGAAAUUAUUUUGAAUCUACUGAUGGUCUUGUAUGGGUAAUUGAUAGUGCAGAUAGAAGAAGAUUGGAAGAUUGUAAAAUAGAAUUAUAUAAACUCUUGCAAGAGGAGAGAUUAGAAGGUGCAAGUUUAUUAAUACUUGCAAAUAAACAGGAUUUACCUGGAGCAUUAUCUGCAUCUGAUAUUGCAGAAAUUUUAGAAUUACCUAAUAUUAAGACUCAUCAUUGGCAAAUAUAUAAAUGUUCAGCAAUUACAGGAGAAAAUCUUGUAGAAGGAAUAAAUUGGAUUGUUGAUGAUAUUUCUGCUAGGAUAUUUUAUAUAGAUUAAUAUUAAAAAAGAAAUUAAAUUUUACAACUUACAUUGCUAAUAUUAUAAUGUUUUAUAAUACAAUAUGUUUAUUUCUUAUAUAUUAGAAAGCAGAG